GAAUGGGCUCUGUUAGAUCCAGGCCAGAGAGCUCUCUACAGAGAUGUUAUGGUAGAGAAUUAUGUGCAUGUGGCCUCUCUGGGAUAUAAUACCCGAGUACUGGAAUAUGAGGAGAAUUGUUGGCGGAAAAGACCUGAGCAAGCGAACGUUGACGACAGAGUGUUAGACGGAUCUGACAGGAAAUGUUUCUGGGACCCUGAAACGCAAACAGAGCCUGAAACGGAGCUGGCAGCAGACAGUCACCAGAAUGAGAGUAAACCCAAAAUAGGUUUGUUUUGGAAGGAAGAUGUUGAAAAUUUGGAGUUGCACCAGGAACUCCUGAAGCGGGAAAGAACGCCAGCAGAUCAAGACUGUGAAAAUAACUUCUGUCAGAGCACGGACUUUGUCAAGAAUCCACAAAUGGCAGAAAAAGUGUAUAUUUGUUCAUGCUGUGGGCAGAUUUUCCAAGGGACUUCAGCCUUGCUGGUGCACGAGAGGACUCACAUAGCAGAGAAGAUAUAUAAGUGCUCGCAGUGUGGGAGAAAUUACUCUUGUCAUUCUGACCUCCUCGUACACAAGAAGAGCCACGCAGAAAAGGCCCCACAUCAAUGUCCCUUGGAUCGUGGCAAAUGCUCUAGUCGGAAUGACCCCCUGCCCCCACACCAAGGAGCUCAUCUGGCAGAGAAGCCGAGUGUCUCAGGAAUACUGAAAAGGUCAGGCGCUAACAUGGAAGUUUCGAAUGGAAAAAUGGAUCGCUCUGAGCCAAAUGACAAAGUGCCAAAGAGGUUCCGUACUCAAGGACAGUUGACAAAGGCAGGCAAAACACGGAAGUCUCCAGAGAGAGCCAGGGAUGACAAGGCAGUGGCUGGGGACACGUCACAAUUGCUCUUCCUUUGUGGAAAGGGAAACAAAACCGCUGACUACGGUGUCAGUGCAACAGAUGAGGCAUUCUUCACGGCUGACCAGUAUUUCCCUGCUGAGGAGCCCGACCCCUUAUCCGACGAUGACAUCUCUUCCUCUCCUUGCAGAUCGACCACCAGCUCUCUUGAUUCCUCGGUGAAAGAUGAGCAUGUGGCCCUCGCACUGGAGCACGCUGCUGGCGCAAAGGUAGGAACACUCCCCAUUUUGAAAUCUGAGCAUGCUCACGAGGAACAGGAAGGAUUCAGUGGAGAAUACCACAUACCUUCAGUGAGCGGGAAAGACAACGAGCCAAUUGCUGGGGACACUGUGGCACAUCCAGCUGCCACGAGUCAUAUGGGAGAUGCGGAAUGCUCUGGUGUUCCUUCCACAAUGUGGCCAGACCCUCCGCACAGGCCACAGUCUGCCAGCGGAAGCAGCUCCUUCAGUUUUCGUGCAAACUUCCACCAGGAAAAAAAGGCAGGCUCCAUGCAGACACUUCAGACCUCCGUCAGAGACGCUGCGAAUGAAAUCUGUGCGCCUGCAGAAGGGUGCCUGGCUGUGUCCAGCAUCUUCAUGCGACAAAGGAAGAACGCCUCCUACGUCUGGAAAUUCUUCCGCCGUGCGCCCAAUGAUAGAUUUGUCGUCGUUUGUCAAGAGUGUCAGGCAAGGGUGCGUCUCGGGAAGGAGAACGGAUGCGGAAAGGUGGGCACUUCGGCAAUGAGGAAGCACAUGGAGGUGCAUCAUUCGAACCUCAUCCCUCAGCAACAGGGCGUCUCUGAUUUUGGGUCAGCCGGCACAGCUGGCAAAAUCUCAUUGGAAGCCUCCGGGAUCGAGCAAACAUUCGGUUCGCCGGGAGGACAGUCCUCCUCGCCGGCAUCUACAAUGUGCCACCAGCUUAACAUUGAGGAAUCGUUUUGCCUCAAGACCCCUGUUGGCGCAUCAAGCCCUCAGGCCGCUCGCUAUACCCGCGGUGUCAUGGUAUAUCUUGCUGAAGCAGUGCUUCCGGUCAGCACAGUGGAGGAAAGGCCGUUCAUUGAACUGUGUGCAGCGUUCGCGCCACAAUGGAAGGUCCCGUCCAGGCAAUAUUUUGCCACCAAAGCCAUUCCGGCCUUGGUGGAAGACAUCAAGGGAGCAGUGUGCCAAAGCAUGCAGGGAGCUGUGGGACGGGUUGUGCACUUCGCUAGUGGUGUGUGGACGAGCACGCCGGACAAAUGUUACCUCUGUGUCACUGCACACUGGGUGGGGUUCAACGCGGUGGGAGCCCUGGAACAUUGGGAAGCCACUCUGGUUCUGGAGCCAUUGGCACAGAGGCACACCGCUAAAUAUAUUGCAUCUCAACUGCAGUCCUUGGUGGAGGAGUGGUUGUCUCCCCUCAAUCUGCGACUAGGAAGCGUCACCACCGACAACUGCUCAAACUACGUGAAGGCUUUCCAACAUGUGGCCUUUUACCACGUCCGAUGCAUAGCUCACUGCUUGAACCUGGUGGUGACGAUGGCGUUAAAGCUGGCACCGGCAUGUAUGCAGAAGGUUAGGGACCUGGCUUGUAAAAUUGUCAGUCACUUCCACCACUCUAGCAGUGCGCAGGAAGCCCUGAGAGAGAUUCAGGUGCGGAGAGGCCUGCCUCAGCAUACAGUUCACCAGGAGGUUUGCAUGCAUUGGAACAGCACUCUGCACAUGCUCCAGAGACUGUGUGAGCAGAAGGAGGCCAUUAAUGAGUACACGCGUGAGAAGGACUGCAGUGACCUCCGAGUUCGCCCCGAUCAGUGGGUUUUAAUGGAUAACAUAACAAAUUUACUGUACUCUUUCAAUGAGUGUGUGGGCCUUUUGAGCCGCAAUGAUGCUACUCUAGGGACAGUUCUCCCUGUCAUCCGUGUGAUAACUGCUGAUGUGGAGGAGAAAAUAGCAUCCUUUGCCGGUGGCUCUGUUACAUCCGUGCCCUCAGUGGCCUUUGGGAACAUGGUACUCAAGCAACUUACCAAAAACAGGCAGCUGCGCAAGAUAUCUGUUAGUGUUAGGUACCGUGCAGCCACGUUUCUUGAUCCACGGUUCAGAGAUAAGAUCAGGAGCUAUCUGGGGGAGAGGACAGAAGAGAAUUACAAUGUACUAUAUGCCUACAUCUUGGAGCAAACGACGCCGUAUUGCCGCGAGCGAGCUGCAAACAUGCGGUGUGCCAAAUCUGGGUCGGGGCAAGAGGCCGUGUCUGAGGACAGGCUUUUCUUUGAAAGAGCCCUGCAGAACAGCCAAAGCUCUGUCUUCUCGAGAGGAGUCGUGAAACUGGGUCUCUGCGGUCCUACGCCCCGCCUGGUCAGGCAAAAUUCAUUGCUUGAGCAGGAGCCAGAGGUGAGCGCCCGACAAGAACUCGAAGCUUACAUCAGUGAUGAGAUUCCGGUGGAGUUCUUGCUGCCGGACAGCAACCCAUUGCAUUAUUGGGAAGGAAAGUGUGGGGUGUGGCCUUGCUUGUCUUCUAUGGCCAUCAGCACUCUAGCUUGCCCACCGACCAGCACUCCCUCAGAGUGCCUUUUCUCCACUUGUGGCAACGGCGUCGCAAAGGUUCGGACCCGUCUGUCUCCCGCUGGUGUUUCCGCUCUCUCCUUUAUACGAUCAAAUUCCAAAUGGAUUCCGAGUGAACACUGCCCUCCGGAAUACACCAGUGACGAUAACACAGAAACCCCGUCAGCUAACUCCAUGAUGGCAGAGCACGACGCGGACGAAGACGAGGACACUGGAUCAGUUAUACUUGAGCCGUUUGUGCCCGAUGAAGCGUCCUGUGCAUUAGAGGAAGACGUGUGACGGUUAUUGUAGUCCCAGCAUGUGUAGUCCCAGAUUAUAUAUUCUUCUCUUGUGCGUUAUGAGGAAACCAGACUGUAAAUAAACGCAUGUUUCCAGUGGUGCUGGUCCCUUCCCUCAAGACUGGGCACCUGGGAGAAGCAAUUGCCAUUCAUCUGUUAGUGCCUAGGGCCCCUUUUGUGUUUCAUUUGUAUGUAUUUUUCACCUCAUCUUCAUCCCGGGGGCAAUUCCAUUAGUGAUUUUAUGCAUUCUUAGAAAUUGGCAGUGAUUAGAAGUGGUUUACUGAUGUAUCAAGCAAUCCCUGUUGUUGGUAUCUUAUCCCAAACAAAGCUUGGUUUGAGCCAAGUCCCCGCCCACCCAGGGAUGCUGUUGAAAGUAGUAUUUAUUUGUAUAUCUCUGUUUAAAAGAUUUCUAUCCUGCCUUUUUAGCCAAGGUCCAUGAGGGAGUUUACAACUGUAAAAUAAACCAUUGCUUUUUAAAAUAAUGAUGACUGCAGGUUA